AUGGCAUUGCAGUGGAUCCAGAGACAACGGCCGCAGCCCUUCAUCGACGACACUGUGGUUGCCCAGCUAUUCUGCACAUCGGAUGCUUCCUCCCCUCGCUACACCCUCCGACCCGCGCCGCCCCUCCAAGUCCCCACCUGCCGCGUUAUAAGGACUUCUCUCAAGCUCACUACCUCUUCGAUCGACGAUAUGUUCCGCCAUCCACGUUGUCUUGCGAGCUUGUUAAGGCUCUCCUUCCGAGUCCUUCGACAGCACAAGCCUGAGCAAUUGUUCUCAUUCAUCUCACAUCCGUCCUCUGCCAUCUCGGCGGUGUCUGCUCACGUAGUGCGUGUCGCGGACGAAUCUCCUCCGCAACCAUCUCCUUUUCUACGCUAUUGGCCCGAAAACAUGAAGAACCCGACUUGGUGCUGCCGACGACGUGCUCCAUAUACCCCUUCACGGAAUCUCCUCCGCAACCAUCUCCUUUUCUACGCUAUUGGCCCGAAAACAUGA